UAAGGAUUCCAAGUAUGAUAGCUUGUCUUUGCUAUCGUAUUAUGAAGCAGGGCGUCGCGAUCCGUCCGGCGUCUAAAGCAACAUGACGACCUUUUUCCCAAUUGCCGUCUUACCAAGCAGGGCGUCAUGGUCUGUCUCCAGCUGUUAUAUAUACAGCUUUCCUUUGGGUGAUUUUGUGUUUGUAUUCUAUCUGUCUUAUACAAAGCACCAUUCUCUCGAAGAUGAUUCAACAAUUGCCGACUUCGCCAGAUUGCCCGGCUCACAGAGAUAUCUCGCCAGUCCAAUGUCCAAGCUCUAUUCAUGUCGUCUCCACGGCGAGACCACCGACCGUCCCGGCCGACUCCUCUUCUUAUGUCAAAGAGAAUGAUGCUUGCAGCAUACUGGAUGAUGAAACGCUGGAGCAGCGAAUAGAGCGUCUAGGUCGUGAACGUCCUCCAGCCUUCAAGACCAUCUGGAAUGAAAUCGGCCUCGUUUUCAGCAUCACAAUGUCCCAAUUCCUGACCGAAUACUUCGUCUCUGGCUUUGUCGUCAUUCUGCCUACACUGAUCAAAGAACUGGAUAUUCCCCAGGCUUCGAGCGUGUGGCCGGCUACAGCUUUUUCUUUGCUCAUUGCCAGCACUUUGCUCAUCUUUGGUCGUCUGGGCGAUAUGUGGGGUGCUUAUCCUGUGUUUAUGGCUGGAAUCGCGUGGCUUGCUCUGUGGAGUGUUGUUUCUGGAUUCAGUAUCAAUCCUUUGAUGCUGGAUUGUUGUCGCGCUUUGCAGGGGUUGGGAGCUGCCGCUUUUCUGCCUACUGGAGUGCAGCAGCUUGGAGAGCUGUAUCGUCCUGGUCCACGAAAGAACCUGAUCUUUGCUAUUUAUGGGGCUUCUGCCAUUUUCGGAUUUUUUGGGGGUAUCGUUGUUGCUGGCCUCGUCGGUCAAUUUCUUCGUUGGGGCUUCUAUUUCUGGAUCGGCGGUAUACUGGCGGGUCUUACUCUGGUCUCUUCGUUCUUGUUUGUUCCUAGACCCAAGGAAAGGAGGAAGAAAGCUGUUGGGAUGGAUCUUGGAGGAGCGGUUACCAUCACUGCAGGACUUGUGUUGAUUGUCUUUGCGAUCACUCAGUCGGCACAUGCUUCUUGGGGCUGGAGAACACCCUACAUCAUCGUUUGUCUCAUUUUAGGUGUCGCUUCCCUGCUCACUGCAGUCUACAUCGAGACUCGCUUUGCUGCAGAUCCCCUCCUUCCAGCUUCUUUAUUCGCCACUCCUUGCAUGACACCACUCCUCAUCGCCGUCUUCCUUCUGUACGGCACCUGGGGCAUCUUUUCGGUCUACGGAACAUUAUACUUCCAAAAUAUCAUGUCGGCCACUCCUCUUCAAGUUGUCGCUUGGUAUUGUCCUCUCGGUAUUGCUGGCUUGUUGAUAAGUAUUUUGGAGGGUUUCAUCCUACACCUUGUACCGGGACGGCUUCUCUUGAUCAUUUCCGGCUUUGGAGCAGUGGGUUCGCAACUUUUACUUGCACUCAUCCCCUCGCAAGGGGCAAACUAUUGGGCAUGGAUUUUUCCGGCAAUGGUCCUCGGUACUGUUGGUCUUGAUCUGUCGGUCAUCUUGAUGACGGUGUUUGUUACAUCUGCCGUUCCAGCAAAGCAGCAAGGGUUGGCGGGAGGAGUCAUCAAUUCUGUUCUUCAGCUCGGUGUGGCGUUUACUCUUGGGCUGGCGGAUAUCAUCCAAUCCAAGACAGUGGAAAAUGAUGAGUUGGGGAAGAGCUAUAAACACACAUUCUGGCUUGGUGUUGGGCUGGGAGCUGCGAGUUUAUUGAUCAUGGCGAUUUGGGGCAAGGUACCCAAGGCGAGUAGUGAGUUGACAGCCGAUGAGAAGGAAGAAAUAAGGCAGCAUUUGGAAGCAGAGUACUAGCCAAAUCGUCAGCAUUCAAAUGAGGCAACAAUUGCCAUAGUACCCGAGUUCCGGAAAGACAUACCGUGAUGAAAAAAAAAAUCUUACUUGCCUCUUUUCGUGUCACAAAAUCAGCCAGUCCACGCCCGUCUCUUUCAGAUACAAUAUCCAAUCCCCAUCUCGAAUACCAUCAUUAGGUGAACAAGUCGCCCCAUUCUCUAUUCUGACACUUUUUAUUGCCCAAAUCGUCUCCAUCGUCUCCAAUGCCCGUCGCAUCAAACCCCAAGGCUCUACUUUCCACAAUUCCCGGAAUCUUGCCGCCACCCGCUUCCGCAUAUCGACCACGUUUGACUCUGCUCCCGCAACGAAAGCCGGCCAUGUGGUUGCAGAGAACAAAUCAUCAUGUCUUCGCACAUCUGAGAUAUUAUCAACAAUCUCCAUGACCAUGGCUUCAAAGUCGCAUGACGGUUUUGUAUCUGGAUAUGUCGAUAGCAG